AUGCCCAAUGCCUGGGGUGGAUAAUUAAAUGGAACAGGAUGUGAAUUGAGAUAAAAAUCAAUACAGGAGAACGUAAAUUAUUGUAAAAUAUUGGAAUUCUGGAAAACAAUAUAGAAGAAUUCACUCUAGAUGAUAAUCUUAUCGCUAUUUUUUCUACAAAUUAUAGAUUAGUAAUAAUCCAUAAAAACAAUCUAAAAGAAAAAAUUCUAAAGAUUUAUCUAAUAUGAAAUGAAUUAUAUUCAUUAAAUAAUCUUGAAUGAUAACAUUUUAUUAGUAAUAACAGAAACAAUAGUUUAUAUUGUUUAUCUAUUACCAUUAAAUGUGCCAGUAAGCGUAGUUGAAUUUGCAGGCUGGAUAUCAAGACAAGAAUUCUAUUUGUUUAAAUCUUCUAUACAGAAUCGAGAAUACAAAACCUAAUUUAUACUAAUAAAAUAAAAAAUGGAGAUUUUAAUAAUGAAUAUGCAAUUAUUUAAGAUAGUAAACAUAUGCGGUAUUUAAUUUUGGUAUUUCUUUAUCAAAUAAUAUCAUAAAAUAUAAUGUAAGAGAUAUUUAAUUAAGAAAUAAUGA